CCCUCCAUAGGCAGAGCGUGCGGUAGCGGUUUAAAACCCCGUCUGUUGAAGAGAAGGCGCUUGUCUCGGAAGAACCAGGCUUGGAGGCGGCUUCAGCUCUUCAUCACAGUACGUCCUCUUUGGGCUUCCUCCGGCUUCAAGUGAAAGCUAUCUUUGCCCCCAUCGCCUCCCCUGCUCACCGCUUCAACAACACAAACCACGGGGACGAGCCAACGGACGUAACAUUAGCCGAGAAGGGAAGUGGGCUCCGUCUUCUCUUUCAUCACGCAGCAGGUGAGGCAGUCCUGGACGAUGUAAUCGGACUGAAGGAUUCAUCUGCAGUGUUCACACCGGAGCAAGACAGUGGAGGGACAGAGAAAGAGGAGGAGGACGACAUCGAAGACACAAGGAUGGGCGUGGGGAAGAAUACCACUUCCAAGUCGCUGGACAGCAGCAGUGAGGGAGGAAAAUAUGAAGAGGAGAUCAAACAUGGAGCAGAUUUCUACCCUAUUCCGGUGGUGGUAAAUGGAGUGGGUGGUGCCAGUGGAGACCAGGAUACUGAGAACACAGAACUGAUGGCCAUCUACACUAAAGAAAAUCAAAGAGCAGAGAAGAGCUCAAUGUCUGAGACGUUGGACAGCACAGACAGUGUGGAUGCAAGGAGGAUGGAUAUGAUCUAUACCAUUGAAGACACCCCACCCUGGUAUCUCUGUGUGUUCUUGGGUUUACAGCAUUACUUGACAUGUUUCAGUGGAACUAUCGCGGUGCCGUUCCUGCUUGCUGAGGCGAUGUGCGUUGGCUUCGAUCAGUGGGCCACCAGUCAGCUCAUAGGGACCAUCUUCUUCUGUGUAGGGAUCACCACCCUGCUACAGACCACACUGGGCUGCAGGUUGCCUCUGUUCCAGGCCAGCGCUUUCGCCUUCCUCGCCCCAGCCAGAGCUAUCCUGUCACUGGACAAAUGGAAGUGUAAUAAUACAGAAGUUCCGGUAUUCAACAGCACAGAGCUCUUCCACACAGAGCACAUCUGGCACCCCAGGAUACGAGAGAUCCAAGGGGCUAUCAUCGUGUCGUCCCUGGUUGAGGUGUGUAUCGGCGCGCUGGGUCUGCCCGGGAUCUUACUGAAGUACAUCGGACCUCUGACCAUCACCCCCACUGUGGCCCUUAUCGGCCUAUCUGGUUUCCAGGCUGCAGGGGAGAGGGCUGGCAAACACUGGGGCAUUGCUAUGCUGACCAUCUUCUUGGUGCUGCUCUUCUCUCAGUAUGCCAGAAACGUUCACUUCCCUCUGCCAGUCUACAAAGCCAAGAAAGGCUGGACUUCCUAUAGGCUGCAGGUCUUCAAAAUGUUUCCUAUCAUCAUGGCCAUUCUGGUGUCAUGGCUUCUGUGUUUCAUUUUCACUGUCACUGACGUUUUCCCGCCGGAGGUAGACAAGUAUGGCUUCUACGCCCGCACAGACGCACGUCAAGGAAUCCUUGCCAUUGCACCGUGGUUUAAGAUCCCAUAUCCCUUCCAGUGGGGCCUUCCUACUGUAACAGCGGCAGGAGUGAUCGGCAUGAUGAGCGCUGUGGUGGCCAGCAUCAUCGAAUCGAUUGGAGAUUACUACGCCUGUGCACGUCUCUCUUGUGCUCCUCCACCUCCCAUCCAUGCCAUCAAUAGGGGCAUAUUUGUAGAGGGUAUUUCCUGUGUGCUGGAUGGUCUUUUUGGGACAGGAAAUGGUUCCACCUCAUCCAGUCCAAAUAUAGGCGUCCUGGGAAUCACGAAGGUGGGCAGCAGACGUGUGAUUCAGUAUGGAGCUGCCAUGAUGCUGCUGCUGGGCCUCGUGGGUAAAUUCAGCGCCCUGUUUGCCUCUCUGCCCGACCCCGUCCUGGGAGCCCUGUUCUGCACCCUGUUUGGUAUGAUCACAGCGGUGGGACUGUCCAACCUGCAGUUUGUUGACCUCAACUCCUCCAGGAACCUCUUCGUUCUGGGUUUCUCCAUCUUCUUUGGUCUCAUGCUGCCGAGCUACCUCAAGCAGAACCCGCUGGUCACCGGCAUCGUUGAGAUUGACCAGGUGUUGAACGUACUCCUCACCACUGCCAUGUUUGUUGGAGGCUCUGUCGCCUUCAUUUUGGACAAUACUAUCCCCGGUUCCCCUGAAGAACGAGGCAUCAGGAAGCUGAAACGUGGCGCUGGUCUCAGUGCAGCAGAGCUGGAAGGGAUGAGAUCGUAUGAUCUGCCGUUUGGAAUGGACUUCAUCCGCAGACACCCCAUCUUCAAGUACAUCCCUAUCAGCCCCUCCUUCGCGGGCUACCAAUGGGGGAGGCUACGGGAAACCUGCAGGAGCAGAAUGGGACAUGGGGAUGCAGGGAAGGGAGGAGGGGAGGGAGGCGCGACACUGGGGGAGAGUCGGGUAUAGCCAACGGGCUGGUGCUACAAAUUCUGAAAUGUGUCUGAGUUUGGGGAGCAAGGGAUGGUAUACUAAGGUAAAAGGAUGGGAGAGUGGAGGACAGAAGCGGUGCGGGAUUCAGGAUUGUGUGGAAGAAAAUGUGAUGCACCAACCCACCCCCGUCAGUAUGUGUUUUCUUUAGCUCGUGUCUGUCUGUCCCACUUCCCACUAUGCUAUUUUAAGCAUGCUAUAGCAAGUCACAGCAUGCUAUAAAAGAUGUCACCAUGCAGAGGUUAUUUGGUGUGUCUGCAUGUGUGUUCAGUAAUCACCAAGAGAAAACAGUUCUGUGCAUUUAUUUAGUUGCACUUUAAUCCAGAGGGAGACAGAUGGAUGUCAAACGAUCAAAGCUUGACGAUUCAUUGACUCGUAAUCACUGCUAACUUUUACUGCCAGUGUCAUUUAAAAAAUAUAUAUUAGUGGAUUUUAUUAUGCCAGUUGAGGAUUAUGCAAAAUUUCUGCUGUGAAUCAUUUGCCUCUAGACUUAUUAUGCAACCGCAUUAGAGUUACAAACACACAUGCUCACACCAACAGCCUCACCAAACCUAGCUUGAGCGCUACAAUGCACGUCAGGGUCAUGCCGAUUGAUGGAAGUGGUUUGUCAGGUGCCCUUAGCCAUGCAAAGUGAUUGUGAAAUUUAUUUUUGCACUAUCUGCCUCCUGAGUUCAAAAACAGAAUGUCCCUCCACAGCUCCCGUCCCCCAUUUCUUCAGUAAAGCACCCCAGAGACCCGUUUCCUGCAGCAGCAUCGUAUCUGCACAUCUCAUACUAAAAAAACUCACAACCCCAUUUGCUAUGUUAAUGCUAAUAUUCACAGGAAUAACAUACCAGUUUACAUGCUGUGUCAGUAUUAUGCAGUAGUUACCAGCAAGACCAGAACUCCACUUUCCCUGAACACACCCCUGUCUCAUUUGGCUGUCAGAUGGGACUUGACUUGUUUUGCUUUAUUCUGGAACAAAAUAUACUGUUGCGAGAUACUCAUUUUUAUUUGAUAACCUUUAACACACAUAGGCACUUACACAUCGAAGCAAGCUUUUAACAUUGCCUCUACUGGCGUGAUUAGCGUGCAUUUGCAAAAGCUGCAUUAAUGGCACAUAAUAGCAAAGACAUGUGGCCUUUUCAGACCAACUUUGAAACUUUGUGUACCUCAAUACAUGGCUUAAAAACAAUGAAUGACAACAGCAGCAUUAAAUGUUUUUUAUCCCAUGACUGCAUAGAUCUCGGACCCUCUGUGUGGAUGUUAUCUCACAGUUUUAGAGGUCACUUGCACUCUGCUUUUAUCAGUAAUAUGUAUUAAUGCAGGAUUUACAAAGGCCGCAACAUAAAAUAAUACACCCCUGCCACUGUCCAAACCCACCUUGCUAGCCCUUACAUAAUUGUACUAAGAAGUCAGGGUGGUGUUUUUGUUUGGAUAUGGCAUAUUUGAAUGUAAUAAAAGGGGUUUGGAGAGUUCAAAAGUCAUCCUUUUGUUCUCAGGAUUGACUCACAGACGGGCACACAGGCAGUGUGUGUCUUAGCAACAGCCAAUCAUAACGCUUGCUGAUGUCAUUAACAAUUUUUCACUGAUUUAAUGGCAUUAAUGACUUUCCCUUAUAUUCCUCCUCCUCCUCCCAUCCUCAGUCACCAGUACGCCUCCCAAUCUCACUCUGCUUCCGGUAGUUAACUGCUGAUGGGGUUGUUUGUUUGUUUGCUUGUUUUUGUACUGUUCAUGUCUGUUGUAGUUCAGUUCUGUAGCAGCACAUCAGGCUGAGUAACAGAACAUUUGAGACUAUCAGCAGCCUGUUAUCAACCCAGAUGUGACCCCUGAAGAGCGGGUCUCUAAUUUGACCCCACCGUGUGCCUCUGGUGUUUCGAUUGAAAAACAGCAAUUUAAAAAAAAAAAAACAUAGAAGAGUUUGCAACAUUAUAAUCUUUGUAAAUGUAAAAUGCAACAGCAGCACAAUGACAGAAAUAACAGCGAAAAGAAAACUACUAACUAUUUAUCCCUGCUGAGAUUUUUACUAAACCAAAAUGCUAAAAUCUUUUAUUUCUUCCUAUUCUGUUACUGAAUACCAAACUUUAACUAUUGACAAUUGUCGCCCUUAAGAAAUUUGCUAAAGUAGUUUGAAAUUUAAUCCCAAAUGUUCUCACCUUUUCUCUCUUUUGUUAAAACUAUUUAUUUAUUUAUGAGAAGAAAGUUGGAGUUUAAUGGUUGCUUAAAACAGGUUUAUGUGUCUCUUGCACAAUGUUAAAACGAUAUUUAUUUGUUUACUUGUCCAUCCCCUGUUAAGAUUGGUGUGACGGUGACUGGCCGCUACUCAUCUGCUCUCUCAGCUGCAGUCGGUGCUUUUAGAAACUCACCUGAGGACAGCAGUUUUUCUAAAGAUAGUUUCUAAUGUAAGCUGCUUCUAUUUCAUUCCAUUAAUGUUGUGUUGUUUUGAAAAACAACAGAAGAACACUUUUAAAUGUGGAACUGGAGAGUUGGGUCAGAUUUCAGAAUGACGGCCUUUUACCACGAGUACAGUUUGCACAUGUAAUAGUGCCAAGAACAUCAGGGUCAGAAUAACACCCACUAACCCCAAACCCUGAAAUGUCACAAGAAUGCUUAUCCAGAUUUAAAGUAAUUUUUUGUUUGAUGACCUGAACAUAAGUGGCUGAACUGCUUUGUGACUGAAUAUUUUUGGGCCUUACUCUAUGAUAGCAUGGCUAGCUGUAGCCCCAUUUAUGACCUCAGCACUCUGUACAUUACUCUUGUGUCUUGUGAUUCAGUCUCAUAGUGAUCCCUAUAAGCAUUUUUUUUUUGUACCUAUUAUUUAGCGGUGGGUUGCAUCUUCGAAGGUAUUUUUGUGAUCUUACAGAAGUCUGCAGUCAGUCCACAAUUAUGAAAUAUUUACCCAAGACAGUACCCAGUGUUUCCACAGACUGUGGGGCUCUGCUCUUCUACAUUUCUGAAUGUGGGCUACUUUUAGCUAGCCCAUAGUACUAUGUGACCCAAAUGGGAAUUUCAGCAAGAUAUAUUCAUGUUUUUUAUCACAUACUUUAUUUAGAUGUUACCAAAAUGAGGGCCCCCCACAGCAUUUAUGUAGGGGCACAAAUUCUUCUUGAUGUAGUUGAUUCUGUAGUUUCUGUACAUCAAAAUGAUGGAUCACAAAAUGUUUUACCGUGUCAAAAUACUGCAGCUAAAAUCUGAAAUUCCUAACUGGGUCACAGAAUCUAAUGGUUCUCAGAAUUUGGUGUAACACUGGCAGAGUCUGUGGAAAUAUUGAUCUCACCAAAUAUGUUAUCAUUCUGGGUUGUCUAUAGAUAUCUGAUGUGACACAGAGAAACACUUAGACUGCUGAGCACACAAGAGGCUAGGCUAGACCACUGAUGUGUGCAGAAACUGUCAAUUUAAAACCUCACUAUCCUCAUCUCGGACUGGCAUCUGGAGAGCUGUAGAUAAGAAGCAGUUUUGUGGGGUUGUUGGCAAAAUUAGCCGUGUGUUCUUGGCACACCAGCGCUUACCAGCGCUGUGUGACCUUGCUACAGGAGCAGACGAUGAUCAGGCAGAGGUCAGAGAGCAGUCACUGCCUCCUGCAUCCUCUCUCUUAGAGAGGGAGUAAAUGCAGGGUGAUUUGGUGGUUUUUGGCAUCUCUGGUAGUGAGUCCUUCAGUACAUGGCAUGCACACACAAUAAUCACAUGCACAGUGUCACCACGUUUUCUGUGUCAUAUCAUGUUCAUGCAACCAGCACUUACUUCUCCCAUCACAUCCUCUCCCCUCUCUCCACACACUCUCUGUUAAACCCCCCAGUCCUGCAGUGAAAAUAUAUUGGUGUCCUUUCAUGUUUGGUGUACCUGGUUUUCUCCCUGGGAAUUCUUACUGUUGAUGUUUCUGGAUGCAGGAGAAGACACCGGCUGGCCACCUUACUAAGAGCCUCGGUCAUUGAAAGCUCAGUGAACCUGCCUUAACACUUCAUGGCAAGGCGAACAUUGGACGUCUUUGUGUCUAAAGGCAGCUUCUCCUUGUUUUUAACUUUUACUUUCCAGUUUUUAUCAUACCUUCUCCCUUAUUAUAGGAGCCUAUAUAUAUCCAUAUGUAUUUCUCACAUAGCUUUUACAGAGUUUACCCAGUUAUAGUAAAAACACCUUGGAUUUCCCAAACCUAGGAUCUCUUCAUUGAUCAUCAGGUUAACCAACAGAUGGCUCUUAGGAAGGUGGCCAUAAGGUGUGUAACACAAAGACAUCAAUCCCUUUCAGUUAUUUUGAAGGGGGUGCUACCUGAAGAAUAUACUUUUGUGUAUUUUGUUUUAUCUUUUUCAAUGUUUUUGUUUUUUAUACAUUGUUUUCAUGUUUUUGCAGCAAAUAUUUGUAAGAAACAAAUCAUAACUUUUAAUCUUAAAUCAUGCUGGAAAGCGCACCAGUUUGUUGUACUUUUUAUUUAAAAAGUAAAUACAUUUUGAUCCUGUUUUGAAUCUGUGGUUUGGUGGAAUCCUUUUUGUUUGUUGGGACCUUUUCAUAUUGUAUUUUUUUACUAUAACAUUGCUUUUUUUGUCCUUGUUAACACAUUACCAGUAUAAAUGAAAGAGUGAGCUGAGAAACUUUAAAUAGAUGUAAUAACAAAAAAAAACACAAAAAAAAUCUAUUUAAUUGAGUAAAGUUUGCUAAACGUUCUGGAAGAGAAAUUGUGUAAACUAAUUGUAGCAACAAAAUGUUUUAUUCUUUGUUCCUAAAACUAUUUAAUAAGAUGUUACAGAAUGAA